GUCGCUGUCGUUGUCGGUUGUGCUAUCGGUGCGUGUCCAUGUCCAUGUCCCUACCACAUUAUGUGGCUGCCACAUAGCUGUGAGUCCCUGUCCCUGUCCGUGCCCCAGUGUGACUGCUAAACGGAAAUAUUUCCCAAAUCCGUGGCGUUAUUAACCCACGGACAGACUCAAAAGAAAUCCCAAAAACAAGCCAAAAGAAAUGAAAAGAAAGGACUCCGAUUGUUGCAUGGUUUUGAUUUGAUUGGUAGAUUGACGGUUUCGGUUUGACUGAUUGAAGGCAACAGUUGUUGAGGCGGCAAUGCUUGGGCCGCGCUCCCCGGCCUCGUCGAUCCGUGAAUUCCUUGCCUUUGGCUAAUUAUGGCGCAUUGCGCAAUCGAUUCGAUUGUUGGCUGAAAACAUAAAGAAAGAAGCGAAACUCAAAGAGAAAGGAGCCCCCAAAGGGAGCCACAGGACUACAGGCAGAACUUCCCAACAGGCAGGACUCGCUGAAGGACCCUCGAUGAUGAUGACGUUGAUGUCAUUUGGAAGUCAUUUCGCGAAAAGAAGCCAUUAUUAAACCUUAAAAUCGUAAAACAGAAACGAAAGAGGAAUACCAUCCGCAGAGGGAAUCCAUCAACAGGAGAAGAGCAACGUGAAAUAUGUCGCCGAAGGAGUACCAGCGACCGGUGAAAGGCUCGGGCACGGGCACGGCCAUGGGCAUGUCCUGUGUGCCGCUGUGGCUGUGGCAGCUGCUGCUGCUCCUCCUCUUGGACUGCGGCGGCAUGGCGGUAUUCGGCGAGGUGCCGCCGCACUACUGGGAGACGCCGUACUCACAGCCAUAUUUUGACAACUCCUCGAGGCGCGAGGUCACCGCCACCGUGGGCCAGGCGGCGCUCCUCCAUUGUCGCGUUCGCAAUCUGGGCGAUCGAGCGGUCUCUUGGAUACGCAAGCGGGACCUGCACAUCCUCACGGUGGGAAUUCUGACGUACACGAAUGACCAGCGCUUCCAGUCGCUGCACUCCGAGGGAUCCGAUGAGUGGACACUGCGCAUUUCGUCGCCACAGCCAAGGGACUCGGGCACAUACGAGUGCCAGGUGUCCACAGAGCCAAAGAUCAGCCAGGGCUUUCGCCUGAAUGUCGUGGUGUCGCGGGCCAAGAUUCUGGGCAACGCGGAGCUGUUCAUCAAGAGCGGCAGCGACAUCAAUCUCACGUGCCUCGCAAUGCAGUCGCCAGUGCCCCCGUCGUUCAUCUACUGGUACAAGGGCAAGCGGGUGAUGAAUUACUCGCAACGCGGUGGCAUUAACGUCAUCACAGAGCGCUCGACGCGCACCAGCAAGCUGCUCAUCGCCAAGGCGACACCUGCGGACUCUGGGAACUACACCUGCUCCCCGAGCAGCUCAGAUUCUGCCUCGGUGGUGGUGCACGUCAUCAACGGUGAGCACCCGGCGGCCAUGCAACAUGGCAACAGCAGCGCCAGCUGCCUCCUGCGCCGCCUCCGUCUCCGCCACACAUCAGCAGUGCCUUUGCCUUUGCCACUGGUCGCCAUCGCCACGACGAUGUGGUUGUUGGCGGCGGCUGUCAGCUGCAACUGGAGCAACAUUGCCGCAGGCCUCCUGAAUGUCUGCAGUUGGAGCUGAUGCAACAGCGCCAGAGGAAGCAGAAGCAACAUCCAGAGCAGAAGCUGCCACAUGACUGCAUCUCCUGCUCCUCUUCCUCCUCCUCCUCCUGCUUCAGCUCCUUCUGCUCCUGCUGCUCCUUAAGGAAUGCAUUUAAUGCGGAGAGCCAGAGGACUCGCAGCAGAGGCGGCGUUUAUUACGAACUAUAGUGUAUAUACAGUGUGUCCUUUGAACGAAGAGUAUUAUCUAUAAGACAUGCAUAUAUGUAUAGGGUAUACAUCCCAUCCAUCCCUGUUGCAAGAUGCAGAAGCAGAAGCACUAACAGGCGGGUGGCAGUAUUACGAUGGAACUUUUAACCAGGAAAACAGAGGAAACGAGAUACAAGUCCUCUGGCAACAGCACGCACUGUAGAGGUGCCUGCUGCGAGGAAGAGGAAGAUACUCUUAAUAAAGGAAAGAGGACUCCUCCCACAGCAUGUGCCUCCCAUAGAAACCCCAUCCUAAAACCACUUUCAAGGUUCUUAUUUUUCUUGCAAUUACAAGUUUUAAAUGAACGACACAGAAAUGCGUCCGAUUGUGCCUCGACAGAAAAAGAAAAAGAAAAAGGUUCUCCUGCUUUUAGAUAAAUGUCUGGAUUCCAGAUCACAAAUACCUGCAGUUUAGGCAUCAAAUUCCAACUCUUAAAAGUCCUUUCUUCGUUCCUUGAGAUUUCUUUAUGAAAGAUUGACUUAACUUUUGAAUUCUUCCAAAUUGUAUGCCUCAUCCCCACGCAGCACACUCUAAAUGAAAAAACAAAAAGGAGGACAAGUUAUAUAGACGAUUAUUCGGUGUAUUUUAUGGAUAGGAUUUUUAUCUGGUUGUCAACCGCUAAAGAAAAA